AUGUCAACCUCACAGCACCCGAAGGAGCCUAUCGCCAUCAUUGGCAUUGCCUGCCGACUUCCUGGCGGAAACACCAACCCUCAUAAACUCUGGGAGUUCCUCAAGAGGGGAGGUAUUGCGUCGAACAAAGUUCCUGGAUCAAGGUUCAACAUCGACGGCCACUGGGAUGGCUCCCAAAAACCUCGCACAAUGCGGCCGUUGGGAGGCAUGUUUCUCGAGGAGAUUGAUCCUGCCGACUUUGACGCAUCCUUCUUUGAGAUAUCAAAGACGGAAGCCAUUUCUAUGGACCCCAACCAACGGCAAAUGCUCGAAGUAGUCUAUGAGGGACUUGAGAACGCUGGAAUUCCUCUGGAAUCUCUGGAUGGCGCCCAAGUUGGUUGUUUUGUUGGAUCCUACGCAUCAGACUACGGUGAUAUGCAGGCCAGAGACCCUGAAGAUCGGACCGCUGCCAUUACUGUUGGUGUUGGAAGAUCGAUCAUGGCCAACCGCUUAAGUCACUUUUUGAACAUCAAGGGACCCAGCAUGACUAUUGAUACUGCUUGCUCAGGCAGUUUGGUGGGAAUCGAUGUGGCCAGCCGCUAUCUUCAAACUCGUGAGAUCGACGCAGCUAUCAUUGCUACAAGCAAUCUCUACCUCAACCCUGAGCACGUUAUGGACAUUGGUGGCGUAGGCCAUGCUCACUCACCCACUGGGCUUUGUCACACUUUCGACAUCUCUGCCGACGGAUACGUGAAGGCCGAAGCUGUUAGCUCCGUGAUUAUCAAGAGACUUUCCGACGCUAUACGCGACCGCGAUCCCAUCAGAGCUGUCAUUCUUGGGUCGUCCACCAAUAGUGAUGGACGUACACCGGGCAUCGCCAGUCCCAGCGCCGAGGCUCAAGCAGCUGCCAUUAGAGCUGCCUAUGCCAGUGCUGGCAUUACCAAUUUUAACGACACGACAUAUCUUGAGUGCCAUGGAACAGUGACACAAGCUGGUGAUCCUACGGAGGUCAAGGGCGCUGCGUCGGUGUUCGCUACCAGUCGAUCUGCGGAUAAGCCACUUAUCAUCGGCUCGAUCAAGAGCAAUGUGGGGCACGCUGAGCCAUCAGCUGGAAUCUCAGGUCUCAUCAAAGCUGUGUUGGCUACUGAAAGCGGGUUGAUCCCCGGCAAUCCUACUUUCGAGAACCCUAGUCCUAAGAUCGAUUUUGUUGGCUUGAAGGUGAAGGCGUCCCGUACUGCCCUUCCUUGGCCCACUGGUGCUCCCCGAAGAGCCAGCAUCAACUCAUUCGGCUACGGCGGCUCCAAUGCGCAUUUGAUUCUCGAGCAACAAAACAUUCCUGGUGUUCCGCGUCAUAUUUCUUCGUAUCUUCCGGACGAUGCGGAGUUCUCUCUUGAAGACGAUGAGACAGAGAACCCGUACAUUCUUGUACUCUCGGCCAACGACAGCGCCACCUUGCGCGCCAACAUCAAGGCUUUGUCGAGCCAUCUCAUCAACCCCCGCGUCAAAGUCGAUAUUCGCGACUUGGCCUACACGCUCUCAGAGAGGAGAUCACGUCUAUGGCAUCGAGCUUUCCUGACGAAGCGCAGCCUGACUGAGUUGGACGAAAACUCCUUUGUCGUCGGGAAGAAAAGCUCCGAGGCACCAAGAGUCGCCUUUGUUUUCACUGGCCAAGGCGCUCAAUGGCCUCAGAUGGGCAAGGAUCUUCUGCGUUAUUUCUCAUGGACUCGUCAAAUUCUGGAAGAACUUGACAGUGUCUUACAAGGUCUCCCAAAUCCUCCGAAGUGGUCUCUCGUCAACGAGUUAACUGAGCCACGCACUGCGGAACACCUUCGCCAACCAGAGUUCUCUCAGCCACUCGUGACUGCGCUUCAGCUUUGCCUGAUUUCGGUACUCGAGAGUUGGGGUAUCAAGCCGCAGAGCGUCAUCGGCCAUUCAUCUGGAGAGAUCGCCGCUGCUUACGCUGCGGGCUUUCUUGAUCGGUCGGGUGCUAUCAUUGCUUCUUUCUAUAGAGGCCGAGCCGCACUGAACCGUCAAGAGCACGCUGAGAAGGACGUUGGCAUGCUGGCUGUUGGUGUUGGCGCUGAUGCUCUCGCGCCUUACUUGGAGAAGUACGCCGGUGAAGCUUGGAUCGCUUGCUUCAACAGCCCUAGCAGUCUCACUGUAUCUGGCAAGCGAGUCCCCUUGGAGGCUUUGGCCACUGACCUCAAGUCAGACGGUCACUUCGCACGACUUCUCCAAGUCGACUAA